AUGUAUCCAACAAGUGCAUUUAAUCAAGCUUCAAUUGGUUUUCCAUUUCCUGGUCAACAACUAUCAGCAUCACUUUAUCAAUCUCAAUAUGGUGGUCUUACGGGAUUUAAUCCUCAAAUUGCAACACAUUUUCAACAAGCUCAACCACCACCACGUGGUCAAUCAUUACCAGCAUCAGGUAGACAAUAUCCAAUACUAAAUGGUACUUAUAUACCACCUCCAUCAUCAUCAUCAUCUCGACGUCAAAAAUAUAGUUACUAUCCACCACCAGUUCCAUCUCAUCAUUAUGAACAACGUAGUAAUCAUGGAUCAAAAAGUAAAAAAUAUCAUAAACGACGAAGUCUUUCACCAAGUGGUGCUGGUGAACAAGGUUUAUAUUCUGAUCAUGAUCAAAAGCGUCAAGAACGUCAUGAAAAAUUACAAGAACAACAAUUACAUAGUGGAAGUCAAUCAUCUCCAUUAGCCAAUCGACCAAAAGAAGAAGGAUCUGGUGAACGUGAUCAACGUCAACAAUCUCAACUAACUGAAAGUAGUCAUGGUGGUGAUGCAACACAAGGAGGGGUAGCUAGAACUGAAGAAGCACAAGCAAAUGUAGAAAGUGACAGACAAAAAUCGAGUUCAAAGAGAAAAAAACAUCAUCGUCGAGAUCAUCAUGAUAAUUAUAACAUUCCACUAUCACAAGGUAUUCCACUUGAUAAGAAUCUUUAUCAACAACCACAUCAAUCACAGCACUAUACUCAAUACCCAACUUACUAUGAAGAAUAUCGUGGUGAAUUACCUACACAAUUAAAGGUUCAUCGUCAACCACUUUAUACUGGUUAUAAUCAAGCUUAUGAAGAAUCUAUUCGACGUGGUGAUGUUACUCGUAAAUAUGCAAAACGUUCAACACGUUUACCACCUGAAGUUAAACAACAAUUAUUUCCUCAUGAAGAUGAUCAACAGAAACAACCUCCACUAGUACACCAGCAGCAGCAGCAGCAACAACAACAACAACAACAACAACAACAGCAACAACAAGCAUAUCAAUUUGGUUCUACUAAUUCUGGAUAUUCUCAACAACAACAACAACCAUUCGGUAAUAUUCGUCCAUCAUUUAAUCCAUAUCAACCUUAUGGUAUUUCACAAAUUCAACCAAAUUAUUAUAGUACUACUCCUGGUUCUGUACCUUAUAAUACUUUACAACCAUGGUCAAAUAUAGGUGUUGUUCAUGGUUCAGGUGAACAAGAAAUUCAACAUUUACGUCAUCGUAUUCGUACAUUAGAAGAUGAAAUUUAUAAAUUACAACGAAAACUUAAUAAGACAACAUUAAAUAAGAAUGAAACAAUAGGAGGACAAAAUGGAACAAUUCGUUCUCAUCAUCGAUCAAAACAUGCUAGUAGUGUCUCACCAAGACAAACACCAGUUAUUGUUGAAUUAAAUAAUACUACAGGUGAAGCUAUUCGUGAUUUUUCAUCAAAAAAAAAACAUCGACAUCGUACAUUGAGUAAUAGAAGUUCACAAACAGAACAACAUCAUAUUCAACAAGAUUUAACAACUGGUAUAAUACCUGGUCAAAAUAAACGAACAUCAGAAGCACAUCAACAUUCACAAACGGAUGGUCAUCAAACACUUGAAGGAGAAACAAAACCUCCAACAUCAAAAAGUACACGUGAAGAAACAGCUGCAAGAUUAGCACAGGCAGCUGCAGCUCAUGUUAAUAGUCGUCAAGGAUUUACUGGUGUUUCACCUCAACAACAACAACAACAACAGCAAGCAUCUGUACCAGCACCACCUCCACCUGCUUCACAAGUUGGACGAACACAAUUGUCCAAUCAACAACAACAAUUUUUAUAUCAACAAGGUGUUUUACCACCUCAAGGACAACAAAUUCAUGGUCCAUCACCACAUUUUCCAGGUGCUGGUAAUAUUGUUUAUCCAGGCGAUCCAUAUCAACAACAACAGCAACAAUUUAUUGAUCCUCAUCAACGUAUCUUACCAAAUCAAAAUUAUAAUCAAUCAAAUAAUAAUGAAUUAUAUGAUGAUGAUGAUGAUGAUGAUGAAGCAGAACAUCGUCAACGAGAAGGUCAAAGUCGUUCGGUAGAAAAAAUUCUUGAUGCAUUUGAACGUUUUUAUAUUAAUCGUGGUAAACCAACAACAGUUCCAAUGAAAGUUAAAUAUAUUCCAGAAGAUAAUAAUAGUAAUCAAAAAUAUAUCAAACAUUAUCAUCAACGAAAUACAAAUAAUAAUAAUCGAUAUCAUUCAACAACUCGACAAAAUCGUAGUAGUAGUUCAUCAUCGGAAUCUAUUUAUUCCAGUUCACCAUCUUUGUCACGUCGUUCAUUAUAUGAUAACAAUCAUCGAAAAUCGACAACCAACUCGUUCAUAUGA